GUGAGCGGCGAGCGGGGCCGCCGGGCGGGCGCGCAGAGAGGAAAAGGUCAAGAAAUGUCUGCCAAUUUAAAGUACCUUUCCUUGGGCAUCCUGGUUUUUCAGACUACAAGUUUAGUGUUGACCAUGCGCUAUUCUCGGACACUGAAAGAAGAAGGACCUCGUUACUUAUCCUCUACUGCAGUAGUUAUUGCUGAACUUCUGAAGAUUUUGGCCUGUGUUGUAUUAGUCUACAAAGACAGCAAAUGCAAUUUACGGACUCUGAACAGAGUGCUACGUGAUGAAAUCCUUAACAAACCCAUGGAAACCCUUAAACUUGCUAUUCCUUCAGGAAUUUACACUCUUCAGAACAACUUGCUGUAUGUAGCAUUGUCAAACCUAGAUGCAGCCACAUACCAGGUUACAUAUCAACUGAAAAUUCUCACCACAGCAUUGUUUUCUGUGUCCAUGUUGAGCAAGAAACUGGGUGUAUACCAGUGGCUGUCACUAGUAAUAUUGAUGACAGGAGUGGCAUUUGUGCAGUGGCCUUCAGACUCUCAAGCAACACCUGCUAAGGAGCACUCAGCAGGAUCACAGUUUGUAGGCCUGAUUGCAGUUCUCGUAGCGUGCUUUUCUAGUGGAUUUGCUGGAGUUUAUUUCGAGAAAAUUUUAAAGGAAACUAAGCAGUCUGUGUGGAUCAGAAACAUUCAGCUUGGGUUUUUUGGUAGCAUAUUUGGACUGAUGGGUGUUUACAUUUAUGAUGGAGAACAACUGUCAAAGAAUGGAUUUUUUCAAGGAUACAAUAAACUUACUUGGGUGGUGGUUGUUCUACAGGCACUUGGAGGGUUGGUGAUUGCUGCUGUUAUAAAAUAUGCCGACAACAUUUUAAAGGGAUUUGCAACUUCUCUCUCCAUUAUACUGUCAACAUUGAUUUCCUAUUUCUGGCUGCAAGAUUUUGUCCCUACAAGUGUCUUUUUCCUCGGAGCCAUCCUUGUAAUAGCAGCUACUUUUCUAUAUGGUUAUGAUCCCAAACCUGCAGGAAAUCCCAUUAAGGCAUAGCAGACUUCCUCAUCAGCCUGCUUCUCGAGAUCAUGCCCUGGGGGCCUUGCUAGCACUGGCAUGUGGGAAGUGUUACUGUGCACUGCAAGGGAAGGAUGACUGCCCUGCAUAUAUUGAAGAAAUGCUGAAGAGUAGUUCUGAACAGCCAGAGGGGUUACAGGUGGAGGGUGAUGUUGUCUGCAACUGAUGGGGGGGGAAAU